AUGUCGAAAAUUCUACAUUCUUUAGAAAUUGGCGGAUUUUUUGGGAUGCAUCUAACAUGCAGCAUCUGUUUAGAUAAAAUUGUUGGAAACUUUGCAUACCUGGCCGGUUGUUUGCAAGGCUUCUUUAGAGCGUGCAUCGAUCAGUGGAGAAAACAACAUGCCCACUUUUCCGAUCCCCAUCCCUCCUUACCAUCUACACCACAUUUAGAGCUACAAAGGAGUAAUUUUCAAGUAAUCGAACAUUUCCUCAACAUCAUGAGGUGCAAUGUGUCCAUCGACCAACUGUUUCCUCCAGACAAGUUGAUACAACAAAUUUAUGAUUUCAUCUUCAAUGAGAAAACUUAA